GUUUCGGAGUUUUUGCCAUGAUUGUGGUGGGUUUGUUAUGUUGAAUGACAUAUUUAUCACUAGAGGGUUGCGGGAUUGUUGCGUUGGACGAAGGUGCAUAAAAUCCCCAGCGGGGCAUAGCGACCACUUGUGCAGGUCCUAAUCCCAAAUUAGGUUAGCGGCAUCUCGCCCACCUCGCUCUGGCUAAUAUUUGGAACUUUCCCCGUCAUUCCUAGCUUCAACUCUCUCGCCAACAACUUCAGCAUCAACAUCAAGCUCAUCUCAGUGCUCGACCUCCCCCACAUGCCAGAAUUUCACUGUGUCAUUUACUAUCCAUGCUUCACUGCUGACACUACAUAUCUACAAGCCCCGAACAUGCGGAUAGCUAGUGACUUCUCUGGUCAACCACUGUGACAGCCCGAUGCCUCCUUUUCGACAGCAUCUGGUGCCUUCCUCUUGCCUCGCUCAUGAAAUAUGCCCGGCCCUUCGGAUUUCUCCUCCCACCGUCGUCUCCACCACCUUUAUACUACACUGCGGAAAGAUAACUCUCGCGAUGACCGAUUCGGCGAAUGGAUACCUGACCGAUCGACUAUAGCGUACUUUGCAGUAUUAGUGCUCUUGGGCUACUGCAUCUUCAAAUACCUCGAUCUCAUUAUUUCAACGCUCCUGCAAACCUCCUGGAACCUCAUCGUCUUCCUUACUCCCUCACGCAUUAUAUUAGCUUUAGAUAAGGAAUUUGCUUCUAGACCGGAUUCUGAGUUGGACGCACCCCCCUCUUGGACACGGAGAACUAGACACGCCGCAAAAAGCGCCGCAAUGCAGAGGAUCCUAGGCUUGGAUGCGAAUUCACUUCUCACAUCCCUACCUCGGGGAAGGAGUCUCUCGGGAAUAGGACAGGCCUUUUUGGGGCUGAAGGAACCUUGCCCCCCCGGACUUGGCAAUUGGGAUAACUCCUGUUAUCAAAAUAGCAUCAUUCAGGGAUUUGCAUCGCUUCGUGCUUUAGAUAAAUUUUUGGAAGGAAAUCUCCGCGAGUUAGGCGAUCGCGACCCCUUUUGCACUCAUACCGCUCUAAAGGACAUCAUUGACAAACUGAAUAACCCCUCAUACGGAGGCCGAAAACUAUGGACGCCUCCGGAAUUGAAGUCGAUGAGCAGUUGGCAACAGCAAGAUGCGCAAGAAUAUUUUUCUAAAGUGAUUGAUCAAGUGGAUAAAGAAAUUCGCCGAGCUUCUAAGGGCCUAACAAGCGACGCUGGCCUCAGGUUUGUUGAUACGGAACGGAAUAGCCAUAAGGUUGGCCCUUUUCCAGCCUAUGAAAGGAGGCAGGUCAACGACGAACUCAAGGCUCCUGGGUACGGAGAGUACACGUGCACUUUCCGCAACCCACUCGAGGGCCUCCUCGCUCAACGCGUUGGAUGUAUGCGAUGUGGAUGGACAGAGGGACUUUCAAUUAUUCCUUUUAACUGCCUCACGGUGUCGCUAGGCCCCAACUGGGAGUAUGAUAUUCGAGAUUGCUUGGACGAAUAUACACAUUUGGAAGCUAUUGAUGGUGUUGAAUGUGCUAAAUGUACACUUCUACGAACCCAACGUCAGCUGGAGCAGCUCUUGAAACAGAUUGAUUCAGAUGCGGAGCUUGAUGAAGGAGCCAGCAUUCCUCGGCUGGCGGAUGCUUUACGAAGUUCUGCUGAAACGAGAUUAAAAGUCGUCCAGGAAGCGCUUGAGAAUGAAGACUUCUCUGAAAAGACUUUAUCUGAGAAGUGCCAUAUUCCCGCCCGGAAUCGUGUUUCGUCUACAAAAUCAAGACAAGCAGUCAUUGCAAGAGCACCCAAGUCUCUUGUUAUCCACGUGAACCGGAGUGUAUUCAACGAAACGACCGGCAUGCUCCGGAAAAACUAUGCUGAUGUAAGGUUCCCAAAGAUUUUGGAUCUGGGUGAAUGGUGUUUGGGGUCGAAAUCGGCGGGGGAACACGGCGAGGUCAUAGAGUCCUGGUGCAUGAAACCUUCAGAGUCCAUGCUCUCUCGCCCUGGAACCAACCCAGACAUUCCUCACAGGGGCUACGAGCUGCGGGCAGUGAUAACUCAUUACGGGCGACACGAGAAUGGGCAUUACAUUUGUUAUAGAAAGUAUUCUGUCGAGUCGUUCCCGGCUACUGUUCCCCAGGCUGUUGUAGAUGCGGAUGGGGAGAAGGAGGCCACGGAACGCUGGUUCAGGCUCAGUGACGCAGAUGUCAGUGUAGUCAGUGAGAGCAAUGUGCUUUCUCAGGGGGGUGUAUUUAUGUUGUUUUACGAGUGUAUCGAUGAACAUCGUGAGAUAGCGACCGAGUCUAUGGAUGAGAAACGACCUGGGCAGGAAGACAUUCCCUUGCAGGAAAUUUCGUUCAAUUCUCAAGGAGCAGAUUCAGGGUUUGGUGGUACCCUACGCUCCCGAAACGUUGUUGCGGAUAAGUUAGAUAAGAUGGAAAAUCGACCAGACUCAUCAGGAACAUCGACUGGCUCUGUGGCUGGCCAUUAUUCGCCGAAUUCUGACGUCUCUGAUACAUCUACCGCAUCGUCAUUCUCCUGUGAAAACGGCUCUCCUGGGACAGAUAAAAUCCAGCCUGCCCCAGCAAUGAAGACGGCCGUGACACCAUUCGAAAACACCCAGGAGACCUGUUCCAAUGUGAACCCUGGCCCUUCGAUGGUCAAGGCAUGAUAACUAGUCAUGAGAACACGUCCCGUUUACAUAUGCUAGUCUAUUACUCGGAGUUCUAAAUCUGCCAUUAACUACUUGAGGCUUAUAGGCUCCAGCGGUUGGAUCGAUUUACGAUUUCUACGGGUUGUAUUUUAUUCAAGAGGUUCCGGUAGAAUUCCUUACCAUUGUUUCCCUUUUUUACAGGUGUUAACAACGUGCGAUGGAAUAGAGGUCCGACGCCGUAUUCAUUCGCUUAUAGGCAUUGGUUUGGCGUCUUGAUUCUUGUUGUCUUUUUCCCUUUUUUUUUAGUCCGGUUGGCCGGGGCGCAUGGAUGCGACCAUCUUACACGGACACUUGCUGGAUAUAGGCCAGUCGGUGUCUCCUUUUACGAUACAUGGCCACUACCACCUACGUUGGUUUUUUUCAGAACGUGAGCGGAGUAUGUGCUGUAUAAACAGUGUCUUUGUAUACCCUUAGUAGUUAAUUCAUAUACCAUUAAUUAUGCUAUCUACGGAUGUCUCUUGCUUCAAAUAAAAUAUGUUACCGAUAUCAUCCUGAACGCCUUCGCCGGGAACAUCUCGAGAAUUAAACCCUUCAACCGUAGGAAUUACC